AUGGACGGAAUGGGCGGCGUCGCUGUCAGGAAGGAGGGAUGGGCAUCGAUCAAGGAAAACAAGAACCUUUUCCAACCUUGGAAGAACAAGUACUUGAUCCUCCGAAAGGAGUCCAUCGACUUCCACAAGACAGAGGGCGGCAAGGUGGCCUACACCCUCUUCCUCAAGGACGUUGUCAACGUCGGCAGAGUCGAGGCGGCAGGCACCAUCUUCGAGAUCAAGCGAAGAGCGGACGGCUCGUCCAACAGCCCUGGUGACGAUGACGGCCAGAACAACAAGGCGCUUCACAUCAAGGUCAAGACCGAGGACGACCUGUACGAGUGGAUCGACAUCAUAUACGGCGCCUGCCCUGGCAUGGGCGGCGUGAGCAACCCGACCAACUUCGCCCACGCCGUCCACGUCGGCUUCGACCCGCAGACUGGAGAGUUUGUCGGCUUGCCGCCGGAAUGGUCCAAGCUGCUCAACUCUUCUGCCAUCACCAAGGAGGAUUAUGAGCGCAACCCCCAGGCCGUCUUCGAAGUCCUCGACUUCUACACCACCGAUCUGGCCAAGCAGAAUGAUAACCAGUUUGGCGGCGGCGUGCCGCCCGGAGCAAUGCAGAACAAGCCGAUGGGCAUGGGUGGCGGCGGCGCUGGCGUUGCACCUCCUCGCCCGCCUCAUCCUGGCAGCGCCGGCUCUCCCUACGGCCACAGUGGCCAGGCGCGUCCUAGCCCUGGCGGCCAGCAGCAGCAGCAGCAGCAGCGACAGCAGGCGCAGACCUCGUCACCAACCUACACGUCAGCGGCCGACGCCGCCAGAGAGGAACAGCGAAGGCGGCAGCGCGAGGCGGAGGAGCGAGAACGUCGCGAGAUGGAAGAGUACAACGCGUCUCUGCCCAAGAACAAGGUGCCCAUGGCUCAGCAAGAGAUUGGCGGUGGCUAUGGUGGCUCCGGUGGCCCAUCUGCUGCCGACCGAUUCAACCCGUCCAGGGCAGCUCCUCCGGCGCCCAAGCCCGCCCAGCAGAUUAACGGUCUGAAGGCUCAGCGACCGGCACCCGCUCCGCCGACUGCGGGCUCCGGACGACCCCCCGUUGUUCCCCAGUCCAGCUCAAGCUCCGCGCCCAGAUCUCCGCCCCUCAACGUCUCCAAGGUCAACCAGAACCAGGCGCAGAGCGAGCCUAAACCGGCCGAGCCGGCACCGCCCAAGCAGACCCCUGCCGAGCGCAAGCAGGAUGUCCGCAUGUCCACCAUGUCCGAGAACGAGGUCAUGGCCAAGCUCAAGGAGGCUGUUUCCAAAGAAGACCCCAACCUCUCCUACUCCAAGCAGAAGAAGAUCGGUCAGGGUGCCUCUGGCUCGGUAUAUGUUGCCAAGAUCAAAGACACCGCCGUGGGCGUGGCUCGCGAGUUCCUUCGCCAACAGGGUCCCCGGGCCCAGGUGGCCAUCAAACAGAUGGAUCUCGCUCACCAGCCCCGAAAGGAGCUGAUUGUCAAUGAGAUCAUGGUCAUGAAGGACAACCGCCACAAGAACAUUGUCAACUUCCUCGAUGCCUUCCUCCGAAACAAUAACGCUGAACUUUGGGUGGUAAUGGAAUUCAUGGAAGGAGGCGCCCUGACCGAUGUCAUUGAUAACAACCCCUCAAUAUCCGAGGAGCAGAUUGCUACGAUUUGCCACGAGACCUGCCGCGGUUUGCAGCACCUGCACGCCCAGAGCAUCAUCCACCGUGAUAUCAAGAGUGACAAUGUUCUGCUGGAUGCCCGAGGCAACGUCAAGAUUACUGAUUUCGGUUUCUGUGCCAAGUUGACGGAGGCCAAGUCCAAGAGAGCGACCAUGGUCGGAACGCCCUACUGGAUGGCGCCGGAAGUUGUCAAGCAGAAAGAAUACGGCCCCAAGGUCGAUAUCUGGUCUCUGGGCAUCAUGGCGAUUGAGAUGAUUGAGUCUGAGCCGCCAUACCUCAACGAGGAGCCAUUGAAGGCCCUGUACCUCAUCGCCACCAACGGAACACCCCGCCUCAAGAAGCCCGAGAAGCUCAGCAAGGAGCUCAAAGCCUUCCUCUCCGUCUGCCUGUGCGUCGACGUCAAGAGUCGAGCGUCUGCGGACGAGCUUUUGGCUCAUGACUUCCUCCAGCACGGCAGCGGCCUUGCAAGCCUGGCAGAGCUCUUGGCUUUCAAGCGCAAUGCG